ACACUCUCUGACACAAACCUCGAUUCCCAAGAAGACCAAAUUCCGCAUUCCCCGACAAAAAGGCAAAUUAUGGAUCCCCGGAAAUUGUCAGCUUUAGUCUCUUCCCUUGUCUCUCAACUCCUCUUAUUGCUUCCCAUUUUCUUCAAUUCCACCCAUUCCAAUGAUUUCGUUUCCGAUAGGACCCUCUUUUCCGUUCUCAACUAUCUGCUGUCGUCGCAAGAAAUAGCCGCUUCUCUCUCCUUCGUUUCUGUUUCCAGGAAACGGAAGAGAACCCAAUGUUCAGAAUCUGAUUCUGAGCCCAUCGUUGAAGACAGGGACCCCGAACUCGGACAUCGACUCGGCGAUGACCGAGUCAGACUCGGCUUGACUCGGGAUCCUGACUUGUUCAAAGCCUGCUUUAGAAUGAAAUCUUCCACCUUUGAGUGGCUCGCUGGAUUGCUCGAGCCGCUGCUAGAGUGCCGUGACCCGGUUGGUUCACCGUUGAAUCUAUCGGCUGAGUUGCGGCUCGGUAUUGGUUUAUUCAGGUUAGCCACGGGCUCAAGUUACCCCGAAAUCGCUCAAAGAUUUGGGGUUUCCGAGUCAGUAACUCGUUUCUGUGCUAAACAUUUGUGCCGCGUUCUUUGCACCAAUUUUCGAUUUUGGGUUGCGUUUCCUAGUCCAGAGGAGCUAAAGUCAGUGUCUUUAUCUUUUGAACAAUUGGCGGGUUUACCAAAUUGUUGCGGAGUUAUUGACUGCACUAGGUUCAAUAUUGUAAAUGAAAACAAUGGAAGCAUCGACAGCGUUGCUGCUCAGAUAGUGGUAGAUUCAUCAUCAAAAAUCUUGAGCAUUGUCGCUGGUUUUAAGGGAGAUAAGGGUGAUUCUAGAGUCCUUAAAGCUUCAACUCUGUAUAAUGAUGUUGAGGAAGGGAGGUUACUUAAUUCAAGUCCAGUGCUUGUUAAUGGAGUGGCUAUAAAUCAAUAUUUGGUUGGUGACGGAGGGUACCCUUUGCUUCCUUGGUUAAUGGUACCUUUUGUUAAUGUGGUUCCCGGGUCGAGUGAAGGGAAGUUCAAUGUGGCACAUAGUGCAAUGCAUGUUUCAGCAUUGAAAACUAUUGCUAGUUUGAAGAAUUGGGGAAUUUUGAAAAAACCAAUGGAGGAAGAGCUCAAGGCUGCGGUUGCAAUAAUUGGGGCUUGUUCGAUUCUGCAUAAUAUUUUGCUUAUGAGAGAGGAUGAUUCUGCAUUGUGUGAAUUGGUGGGAGAUUACUUGGUGCAUGAUCAGAGCUCUCAGUGCUAUGGGGAAGCUAGCUUGGAGGAGAAUUCAACAGGGAAAGAGGCUUCUGUUAUUCGAGAUGCAUUGGCCACAGAAGCUAGAGAAGCUCAUGUUUCAAGUUUAGGACGGGAACCCGGAGAUUCAGUAUAAUUGCAGUUCAAUUGGAUUGCUCGAUGCAGAGUCUAAAUAUUGCUGAAUUUCGACCAUUCAUGAUUCAACAAUUUUGAAAUAGGUAAUUGACAAUUCUUUUGCUCAUCUGAAAUAAAAAUAACGACAUCUGGAUUAGAGAUUUUUACUUCCCGGCAUUACUCCUGUCACUAAGGACUCUUUCCCUUUGUCUCUUAUUUAUUUUUGUCUACCAAUUGAUUUUUUGAAGAUGGAAUCUAUUUCAGCAUCCUCCAUAGAUAUCAUAGGACAAUGUAAGGAAUUCUUUUGUCCGAUUGUUGUAGGUUGGAUGGUAGCUAUUUUAAUCCAAUAGAAAGCAUGUUCCUUCUUUUCUAGUGCAACAAGUCUUUUCCUCUCAACUGAGAAGUCAAAUGGUAGAUUAUGAAUGACACAUUGCCAAGUAAGAGACAUGGUUCCUUGUAAAGACAUAAAGGAAAAUAUGGAUAAUUGUAAUGGUUAUAGAUUGCUCUAAAGCAAAAACAUGAUAAGCUGUGACCUUGGUUUAACUGAAAUAUGUUAUAAGAUGGAGAGAAUUUGGCAUGGUCAACUCAUCUCUUGCAAUCAGUUUUCUCUGGUGGGUGUGCUUGAACACAAACCCAUAGGGAAAUGUAGCUUCCAGUGCCUCCACUCCUUGACCAUUAUAGGGUUUUAUACCAAAUGGGGUGACUCUGCAAUUCCAGAACCACAUCCAGCAGUGUAUUGCUCUAGAAUACAAUUCAAUUUUGGGAUGAAUACUUGCAAAAUGUUUAUUGGACGUUUGUUGCUUAAAAAUAUCACAUCUUUGCAUAUUUUUCAAUUGCCAAAACCUCACGUCUCGCAUCUGAAGUCUCAAGAAAACUUGAAACGCCUCUGUUUUGAUGUACUUGAAGUUUGGCUGUAUGAUUAUGUAGCUUACCAGUAGCUGUUAAGCUUCUAAUUCCUCUCAAAAUUAACUUCAAGUUAACUUGGGUUUCUGCUAUCAUCUUCUAUCUUCCCAGUAGAGGUUUUAAAAACCAGCAUUCUUCAUGAUUCCAUAUACCAAUCAAUCAAAAUCUCAUAGAUUUUGCUGUAAUGAAAUAAAGUUUGGAACUGAUGAAUAGCGAGAAAAGCAGUGUAAUUUUAUGGAUCAGGCUGCAGCUAGAGCAUUUCUGAUUGUGGAUGAUCAUAUUAUGAGAGAAAACAUGAUUGCCAACUGAUACGGCAGCAAGUGUAAGAACACUGGCGCAAAUAGGGGAGCGUAUUUUGACCCAAAGCGUAGGCCAUUGUUGCUGGAAAGUUUGUGGUCUUUGUUUCAAGCUAUACUCUGGCGGAGUCAAAGUCUGUUUUGGCUACAAAGAAAGACUGCAUGAACUGAGAGUUUAUUUCCAUUAACAUGAUCUCUAACGUAAGACUUUGUCAACUCUUUCAAUGAUCUGGCGUCUGGAAAUUGAGGAAUAACCAUACCUCCCAAGCACCUCAGCUUUGCUUUUCCUAUGCUUAAACUGUACUCCUGUCUUUUGAGAACUCUCCAUAGAUGAUUAUAUAUGUAUAUUUAUGCACACCCAGAUUGGCUUCUCUUCAAGAGCUCCUUCUUUUCUUUUUUUUCGUUUUUUAUAUUUUUUCUAUUUAGACAGUUUAUACACACACACACAGAAAGAAGUCUAAUUUGGAG